AUGUUGCACGGUAAUUCUGUCCUUGCUUGCCAUUUGCUGAACGCCCGUAGUCUUUGUAAUAAAAUGGACUAUUUACACGCCUUUAUAGCUCAACACCAUCCCGAUUUGGUAUUUGUAACCGAGACAUGGCUCACUCCCAGCAUCCAUGACUCCGAGAUAUUGGCUGCUUUCCCGUAUUUGGUGUGCCUGUGGAUCGUAGUGAAGGUAGAGGGGGUGGAGUAUGCUGUUAAAGGUAAUCUAUUCUGCCAUUCUGUUGAACUGAGGUCGUCCACUAAAGCUGAUGUUCUCUGCCUAGAACUUUUCUGCCCUAGGAAUGGUGCGCGAGUCCGGUUCAUUCUCGUCUAUCGACCACCAAACUCAAACAGAAAUGACGAUGAAAAGCUGCUUGAACUGCUCCGUGAAACGGUCUUGGCUGAGUUCAACAGUGUGGUUCUAGGAGAUUUCAACCUAGCAAUAGACUGGCUGAAUCUGCGCGCACGAAACUCGAUCUCCUCUACCUUUUGGAUUUUUUCUGGAAGUUGGAUUGGUACAACACGUCCUCGUACCUACCCAUGGCAGCAACACCAUUGGUCUGAUCUUAGCUUCGCCACUGGCAAACUCUGA